AUGGUUGCUGAAGAGGAUUCUUUGGACUCUGCAAUACCUUCUAAAAAGAUCAAUUAUGCUGCCCUUGAGGCUCUUGUUGGACCGUCUUCUAGCACCAUCACUACUAGCAUCAAUAUCAGUCGUAGUAGCGAGAGGAAUGAAGUGAUUGACGUUGAUAUUCAAUCUGGAGAGUUACAUGGUCUCAAUGCCACCUGCAAUUCUACCUUCGACCGAGACAAAGCUCUAAUGCUUCCCGGACCGUUGUUGGCUGCUACUUUAAAACCGGCUUCGAUUUCGUCUCCUUUGUCUGCUACUCCCCAGUCUAGUUCAUCUCGCCUUAAAUCCUCAUCUACUGCAUUAAAUCGUCAAACAUUCCCCACCAUUAAUAUUUCUAGCGCCACUUCUGCGAGCAAGAGUCCUAAAGAGGAAAAGCAAAAGAGCGUUAAAUUCUUGCUCGGUGAUGAGGAUACAUCUGAGGUGAAUGACCUACCUGGCGAUGGGGCUGGAAUGGACAAUCAGAAUAAACACGACAUUUUACCAUCUGAUGUAGAAGCAGACAAUGAUGCCGAAUUUUCUUCUGACGCCGACUAUGAUGAAUGGCAAGAUGGUGAAGAACUAUGGUAG